ACCUGGCAAUUGCCUUGCAGCAAAGCCAUCAACAAAACAAGACAUAACCUUCAAACUAGAAAAACAAAGUGCAGUGCUCUGUUCAUAUUAUAAAAAGUUAUUAAUUAAUAACAUGAGGCACGUAAGUUUCGUUGCCAGAACGGUAUUUGUACAUAACAAUGAUGUAGAUGCGGCCUGUAGAAUUCUGAACAGAAUAUUGGGAAAAGAGGAAAUUCUGGACCAAUACAGACGAACUCGAUACUUUGAAAAACCAUUUCAGUUCAGAAGAAGAAUAAACUUUGAAAAAUGCAAAGCUAUCUAUAAUGAGGAUAUGGAACGAAAAAUUAAUUUUGUCUUAAGGAAAAACCGAACUGAUCCAUUUCCAGGUUGUUCAUAGUAGAAUUAUUUAUAAAAUGUAGUAUGAUCUUAAUAUAAAAUUUGUUUUAGUGAUAUAAUAUAAAUUGUGUUAUUUUA